AUGGCAAUGUGGUGUACAAUGGUGGUUUCUGGACAAGACCUCGUUACACCGGCAAGGAGUUUAUUUCAAGAGUUACCGGUGAAUCUCUAUGGACAGAGAAUCUGGUACAAAUUGCCAUUUCAAGAUUUGAAAGAGCUUAGGAUAUUGUGUGGUGAGGAUACCGAAAAUUUUGAAAGUAUGUGUGAGGCAUCAAAAUGGACAACUUUGAUUGAAAUCUACAUGGAAGCUGAUGAAGGUGACAAUGGGAAUGACGCAGGAGAUGAGCUGAAUGAGGAGAGAGGAUCUGAGCAGAAUGAGGAAAGAGGAGAUAAUGGUAGAGAGGAGCAGCAUAUGUGCGAGGAAGAAGAAACUAUAGUUGAAAAUUUGGUCUCUGCAUUUGUUAAUGAGGAGGAAAAUGAUGACUAUUAUCAACGGACACCUCCUACAUCAGACAGUGAAGGUGGAGAAAUUCCGAGGUGUCCAUAUGAUAGAUGGAGAAGAGGAAGUGGAGAACUGAAGAUUUCUCUAGUGUUUGAAAGCAUGAAAGAAUUCAGAGAGGCUGUGAUUGAGUAUGCACUGAAAGCAGGUUGGAAUAUCCAGUUUAGUAGGUGGGGUAAGCUUAAGUGUUCUGCUGUGUGUGGUAUCAAGAAGUGCGAGUGGAGAAUCUACUGUUCUUAUGAGAGACCAGUUUCUAUGUGGAUGAUUAAGACGUUCCAAGAUCAGCAUACAUGUCUACCAGAUGGUCGAUGCCGGAUUUUGUCACAACAAGUAAUCUGUGACAUGUUCAUUAACGAGCUGCGAAACGAUCCCUCAUGA